AUGGCUUUUCAAAGUAUGGCUACUGGAGCGGAAUGCUCUACAAAUUCAAAUCCCUUGUCACAAUUUAUAAAACAAUUUAAUGACGAUCUGUCGCAUCAAAAGGAUAAAUUUAUUCCGGGGACAGAAAGGGUCGGAAGUGGUAGCAGUUCGUUUGCCCAAGAGUUCUUUGAUAAUUCAUCUUUGCAACGUAUUCCUAAUAAGGCAGUAUCAGAUUGGGUUUUGGAUUUCAAUAAUGUACACAAUGAAUUUAACAAGUUAAAAUUGAAACCUUCAGAAAAUGAAGAAAUGGAACUUGCCUUUAAGCAUAUGAAUAUGCACGGUAAUUGGAAUUCCGAGUUCUUACAAAAUCCGGAUAUACACGAUACUCAAUUUACUGAAAUACCUAUAGGAUUUGAAGAAGCGUUUGAUCAAAGUUUUAAUUGGGUUAACGAUUUCGAGUUAAAACAAAGAGAUAAAGGAAAGGGAAAACAAAAAAUUACGGAAAUUGAUUCUCUUUCUUGGGAAGAACAAUUUGAAGCUGCCCAGCUAUGGGAUAUUGAUUAUAAUAAAUUUAAAAUUUUGGAAUUAGGAGAAUACGAAUUUGAACAUGACAAUCAUUAUUUAAAUUCUGAAAAUCCUCAGCAAGAAGGAUUAAAAUUAAUGGAAUCAGGAGAAACAUUAUCUGAGGUUGCUUUAGCAUUUGAAGCAGCAAUUCAAAAGGAUCCUAAUAAUUUUGAUGCAUGGGUAUUAUUAGGCAAUACACAGGCACAGAAUGAAAAAGAGGAAGCCGCUAUUAGAGCUUUACAGAAAGCUGUUGAGUUAGAUGGAAAUAAUUUACCUGCUUUAAUGAGUCUUGCCGUUAGUUACACAAACGAAAGUUACGAUCAACAAGCUUAUCUUACUCUUGAAAGAUGGAUAACUGCCAAAUAUCCCGAUAUUGUAACACGGGCAGCACCUAUGCAUAAUAUUAUGACUACUCAUGAACGGGUUACUGACUUAUUUUUGCAGGCAGCUCGUAAUGCACCAGAAGGUCAAGCAAUGGAUCCCGACGUUCAAGUUGGAUUAGGUGUUUUAUUUUACGGUAGCGAAAAUUAUGAUAAAGCAGUUGAUUCUACUUUGGCAAAUUCCGGUCGUCCAGAAGAUGCUAUUGAAGCAUAUCAUAAAGCAUUAGAAUUAAAGCCUACAUUUGUUCGCGCGCGAUUUAAUUUAGGAGUGAGUUGUUUAAAUAUUGGGUGUUAUCACGAAGCAGCAGAACAUUUACUUGGUGCACUCAGUAUGCAUCAAACGGGUAUAGAAAAAAGUGGUAGUUUGAAAAAUGUUAGUACUAGCCUUAGAGAUACAUUACACAGGACAUUUCAAAUGAUGGGUCGAAACGAUUUAAAUGAAAAACUUAAUAAUGGUGGAGAUGUUAAUCUAUUUCGAGAUGAGUUUGAAUUUUAA